CCCAAACCGCUAACGAGGGCUGGUUAACCAAGUCAGCAAGAGUGCUAUUGUGGAGCCUCCAGCAACUCAAAUCUUGUGGAUUGGAUGAUUAGGUCAAUUUUUACCAGUUUCAUUUUGUGUUUGUUUGUUUCUUUAUUACUUUGGAUUUUUCUAUUUUUCCAUGCACUGUGGAUUCACCUUUUGGCAAUUAAAUAAAUAUCACCUUGCGCAAAAGUGCUACUGCGAGUGAGCCAUCCUUCUUAUCCUUUAACAUCUUUUAAACGGACCUGAAGACUUGCCGCAAGGCAGUUAACAUCACAUUUGGUGGCAGCGGUGGGAUGGCUACUCGCAAGACAGCGCCGAGAGGAAGAAAACCCAGGACAGGUUUAAGGUCCCAAGUGAAGCCAGUGUCUGUGAAGGAGGAAGUUUGGUCUAUGGAGGAUGAGGGGGAAGCAGCAAAAUCUUCUAUGGCAUCCCCAAAGUCCAGUAGCCCACUGUCCACAGCCGUUGCUUCUGGUGCUGUACCUGGUGAGGGGUUUCUACCCCUGAUGCGCAAGUUUCUCGAGGCACAAGAGCAGAGAGAGGAACGAUAUGUGCUGGAGCUCCGGGGUUUGCAUGAUUCCAUAGUGCAAACGCUGCGUCCAGCAGCGACCUCACCUGACGUGGGAAGCGUAAGGAUGGAUCUGCCCACGCCCGCAGCACAGAGGGUGUCCACAAGAGACCAGCACGGCUCUUUUACUGCACCAACCGAACAAGUACAGUGGCCUGAGCCAAAGAUACGUAUCUUCCAACAGGGGGAGGAUAUUGAGAACUAUCUUCGGCGGUUCAAGCGUCUGGCAAAGACCUGGAAGUGGCCGGAGGAGGAAUGGAGCUUCCGAUUGGUGCCACUGUUGACGGGGCGAGCACUCGAAGCAUAUCUGGCGAUGGACGAGGAGGGGGCAGAGGACUACAAGGAUCUAAAGGAAGCACUUCUGGAGAAGUUCAACAUUUCUCCAGAAACAUACCGUCAACGCUUCCGGUCAGCUACAGUUCCGGCUGGAGAGUCACCUAUGGAGACUUACCAUUGGCUAAAGAAUCUGUACCGGCGAUGGGUGCGACCAUAGGAGCAUUCCAAAGAGGAGAUAGGUGAGACGAUCGUGCUCGAGCAGCUUCUUCGGGUGCUCCCCUAUGAUGCACGUACCUGGGUGAGGGAGACUGGGAGCAGCAAAGUUGGCACAGCAGUACCUGAACGCACAUCGAGGAGGGCUUCGUACUCAACCAGCUAAAGGUACUUUACGAACUGGUACUAAUAGCGCUGGGGCUGAGAGAGGCAGCAUUGAACAAAGAGACAAUGCACCAGGGCUGAGGGUUAACCAGAACCGAGACUUACUAUGUUUUUACUGUCGGCAGCCAGGGCACAAGGCAGCAAUAUGUCCGGCUCGCAAAGCAAAAUUAACAGGGUUUUGCUAUGUACCUAGAGAAGGGGACUGUGAUGUUGACUUUGUUGGAGAUGAAACGAACAUUUGUAAUGUAAUUGUGAAUGGACAUUUUCUUAAGGCACUGUUGGACACUGGAAGUUCCUUAUCAAUGAUUAAAUCAUGUUUGGUGAGCAAAGUGGAUUACACAAGCCAGACCUC